AUGGCAUUAUAUUAUAUAUUUAUUAUAAUUAAUGUGUUAAAUAUUGUGUUCCGACCUUGUUGGGCAUUGGAGUUUCCUAAAAAUGAAACCAGCGAUUUAAAACAUUCAACAAUUACCAAAAGAAGUACAUACGAAACGGACAAGAAAUAUGUUCUCAUGCCAAAGUACUCAAUUUACCUUAUCGGAUUCACUAUGUUAAUUAUGCUCAUAGCAAUAAUUGCACUGUCAGUGGCUUUGUACCGGGCUAUCAAAAAAAGAUCAAAGUUUGGUGUAAAUGAGAACAGCCAACAAUAUAUCAGACAAGAGUCUACAGCAGUUAUACCAUUGUAUAAUAGCACUUAUGAUGAACAAAAUAAGAACAAUGGAAGCACAUUGACAGUCAACAGUGGUAUCAUAGAAAUAAGUGAACCAAGAAUAAGUGAACCUGAAAGCCCAACACGCGUCGAUGACUCCAGAAUAGUUUUUACUAGGAAACCUAUCAAACCAAUAGUACCAGUCAUGCCUCGUGGGCAAAUGGAUGCAAUAUGUAAGGAAGUAUUAAGAAGAGUACAAAAAAGUGAUUCAGCAAGCUUUAGGGAUUUAAAUGAAAUGUUAAGUGGAAAGAAAGAUGAAAACGAAGAAGAAAAGUGUGAAACAGUAGACGAAGCUGAAAACGAAAAGAAGCACGAAGAAAAAACUGAACCAAAAAUAGAGUUACCACAGUCAAAACUCUCGGAAUCGAAUAUAACACCUGAAUUAUUAUUGAAACUAAACGCUAGAUCUCAACAACUUCAAAACCAAAUUGAAGAUGAUAUGAAAAAUGAGACCAAGCAGGAAAAUCCUAUAGAAAAAACACACGAAUGUAAUGAUAAAUCAAAAGCUGAUAUCAAUAGCGAUGUACAUAUUGAGAUAGACUACAUAAACAUAAAUAAAAUAGAUGAUAGUAGCAGUUCAGAAACUGAAUACGAUACAGUGCCUACUCCAAUAAGGUUUAGACAUUCUGGACCUGAACCUGACAAUUUAAAUGUGGAGGAUAUCCCUGUAUAUGAUCUUCCACCAAGAAGGAGUCAUGAUGGUCACACAGCACAUGUAGGAAAUAUGGUACAAAUUGACCAAGAUUCGGAGUACAUGAUGCCACUUUCUGAGGAUAAGACAGAUUCGUGUUAUAUCAACGCAAAGAGGAACUCAUUCAAUUUAUAGUAAUUGGUUCAGAUAGUUUUUAUCUACACUUGAAAAACGUGUAAGAUAACGUAUGUAUGUCAUGGUUCAGGCAUAUUACUUAUCUGUGGACUCACAGAAGACUGAUUCGCGUCUCUGGGUUGUCCAUUCUAGUAGAGAACAGGUCUGAUGUCAUGUUUGGUCUCUAUUAUGAAAGUGGACCUUUAAUUAUUGUCGUCAGUAUUAUAUUAAAUAGAAAUCUAAACGUAAAAGCCAAAGAUGCUGAAAAACAUGUCCUGCAUUUUACUGACAAUUCAUAUUGCUUUAGAUGCUUUUUAGUGUUGCAUAGUUGUAGACCAAGCUAGUGCGACGCGUCUUGCAUCUGUAAUGAUCGGGAUAAGCAAUCCUGCGGUUUGAACAGGGUACUGUGCGAUGCUAUGCGGUGGGUAUGGUGCUAGAGUUGUAAAUAUUGUAAAUUAAGUACGCAUUAUAAGAUGUAAGUCGCUUACAACUGGCCUAUCUGAAAGUUAUUGGAAUGUAUUCAGUAAGAGACGCCUUGUAGUUAAUAUGACGAUGAAGAUAAUUCAAAGCAUAAAUGACACUUUACGUUUUUCAUCAAAAUUUUUUGCGGUAGGUUCAAUUGACUCAGUCCUUAUUGUAAUGACUAAUAACAUAACAGAACUUUACGAACCUGUUGUGGUGACGUUCAUGCAUUGUUAGCUGUAAAUAUAACGCUAUAGGGGAUAAAAUAGAAAUAUUUAUUAAAUAAUGUGUAUAAUAAUA